UCUUAAUGAAGAACUACAAUGCCCAGAAUUCCUCCAGAUGCGUAUACAACGUCUAUUGCUCCGACUCAUCUUCAAGACGUCCUCUGGGGCUUGUAGUGCCACGGUUUGCUGUGCAUGCUUCCCUACCCGGCAUUUUUUCCGGUUUGCUGAGGAUCAGUGCUACAGGAAAGGUGGAGACUCUCGGGUAAAGGCUAAAAACUGUGGUACGAGUAAGGGAAACUGUAUAUUGGAAUGGAAUUUGGAACCAUCAUAAUGGGAGCAAAAAAUAUGAAGGAAAAACUGUUAUUUUUAUAUCAGCAUAUUGUACCUGGCUGCUAGUUGCAAAUGGUUUUAUAUACCCAACAUUUGUGAUGUAAAUGAAGAUACCUUUUUUCUAGACUCAGUGUUUACAAAUAUGCUUCGUCUAAGAACUAUUUGUCCAUUCUCCUGGAGAGUGUUCCAUUUUCGACCCUUCAGUUGUGAACCGUUGAUUAGCCAGAUGGGUAAAUGUAGAAAUGAAGAGCAAGUUUUUGAUCUUAUUGAAAAAAACAAAGCCAUACUUUCAGAAGAGCAAGUGGGAUAUGCAUUUAAUAUACUUUGGCAGUUUCAAAAGCAGAAGACCAGCUCGUUAAGAAGUAUUGAAUAUAUCAGAGACCAUCCCCAAUUUCUUAUCCUUUAUAAUUUAACUGUAAAUAAAAUGGAAUUUAUGAAUGAUGAUAAUCUGGUGAAUGUGUUGUACAUCACAAGACAGUUUGCUGUUGAGGCCCAUGACCCACUAGUUGAAGCACUAGUAACUGAAGCAUGGAGAAGACUGGACAGGUUCGAUAUUCAUGCGCUGUCAAAGUUUUCCUCUUGCCUAGUAGAUCAACAUUUAUAUUUUAGUCCGUUAAUGGGGAAGAUAGCUGAUAUUGUAAAUAGGAACUUGGAAACCAUACAGGACUUAAGGUCCUUGUCCGUUUUGAUGGUCAGCAUAUCUUCUUUAACAUCCCAACGUUUUCAAGAACAAUUAAUGAACAAAACAGAACAUCUUUUUGACACAAUAGAUUCUUCCCAGGUCAACAUUGCAAGAAGAAUAGUACAGUUUCUUCGAAAUAUUAAAUAUAGUUAUUACCCAUUAUUAGAAAGGUGUAAUAAAAUGUUUUUAAGCAAUAUGAACAACCUUGAUUUGGAGUCAAUCAGUAAAAUACUUAGUCUAUACCACUCUCUACAGUUUCAUAGUUUUGAAUUUAUGUUAAUGGCCAAAAAGAGGCUAACUGAAAUGAUUCCUCUGUUUGAUCACCCUGCUAGCUUUGUGAAAUUGUUUGUAGCAUUGGGACCCAUGGCAGGACCUAAAGAAAAGACACAACUUGAAUCAACUGUAUUACUGAUGUCGGAGCAGCUGACCGGCCAGCAGGCCCUGGCCGUGGUGGGAGCGAUGGAGGAGAUGGAGACCAGAGAUUCACGGCUGAUCAAAAAAAUUGCUUCAAUUCUGCAUAAGAAUUUGGAUAAUUAUAAACCAGUAGAGUUAUUGAAGAUAAGUCAAGCAUUGAUUUCUCUACAUUUCCAAAGUAAAGAGUUUUUCAUGAAACUUAGAGAAUUACUACUUAGUUACUUGAAAAUUAGUGUCAGACCUAGUGAGAUUUCCAUCCUGGUCUCUGCUAUUUCUUUGCUUCCAUCUCCUCACCUAGAUGAAGCGGUGAUAUCUCGAAUUGAAGCAGUUUUACCACAGUGUGACCUAAAUGACCUGAAUAGUUUUGCCAUGUCUGUUUUGAGAUGGAUUCAGUAUGGUCACGUGUAUCUGGAUAGUACUACUGGAAAACAGUUGAAACUACUUCAAAAAUUAGAUCACUACGGUCAUCAGAGACUACAAAAACACAACAGUCUGAAUCUGUUAUGGGAAGAACUUAGAUCUUUGAAAGGAGACUGGUUUGUUGAGUCACUUCUUGAAGAAACAGUUGCUACUUUACAGUGUCUGAUGGAUGAAAUUAAUUACAUGAAUGUUGCAGGAAUUGCAUCCUUUAUUGCUAGAAGUAACUACCUCAACACUUCGCUGCUUGAUAAGAUAGCCUCAGUGGUCCUUCAGCAGAUUGAAAAGAUCCAUCCUUUUGCAAUCUUUGCUAUUAUUCUGCCAUUCAGCAUCUUGAACUAUGAUCCACCCCAAAGGGAUGAAUUUUUUGGAACGUGCAUUCAACACCUUAAUCCUUACUUAAGUAUAUUGGAUCCUCUCAUGUUAGUGUUCCUUGGUUUCUCUUUGGCCAUACAUGAAUAUUUUCCAGAAGAUCUGAUAAAGACAAUUUUUAACAUCAAAUUCUUAGGAAGAUUGGAUUCUCAACUUGAACUUUUAUGUCCAUCGCUAAGCACAAGGGUCCAGUUUCGUCUUAUGGAAUUAAAUAGAGCAGUCUGCUUGGAGUGCCCUGAGUAUCAGAUUCCAUGGUUUCAUGACCACUUCUGUCAACAGCAUUAUAACAAAGAUAUUGGCAGCCUGAAUGGAGCACAGCAGCAGAUUUAUAAAAUGUUAGCAGAGGUACUAGGAGGAAUCAAUUGUGUAAAACCCUCAGUUUUUACACCUUAUUACCAUACAAUAGAUUUUGAAUGUAUCUUGGAUAAAAGAAAAAAACCUCUUCCUUAUGGAAGUCAUAAUAUAACUUUGGGGAAAAUGCCAGAAAUGCGCUGGGAACCAAAUGCCCCCAGAGUUGGAUCAAAUCUGCCACCAGGAACUGAAAGAAUCGCUUUGGAAUUUUUGGAUUUAAGAGCUUUUUGUAGAAAUGUCCCUCAUUUAAAAGGAAAAUCUGCUAUGAAAAAGCGACAUUUGGAAAUUUUGGGCUAUCGUGUAAUUCAGAUCCCUCAUUUUGAAUGGAACUCUAUGGUACUGUCGACAAAGGGUGCUCGGAUGGACUACCUGCGAGAACGUAUAUUUGGAGAUGGAAAAUCAUGAUUGUAAUUUUUAUUUAAACAGUUACCAUGGUGUGUCUGUCACAUAUGAUCUUAUUUCUUUUUUUUACAUAUGAUCUUAUUUUAAUUAAAUCACCUGACUCAGUUAAAUACUAAUAUAGAAUUGACUGGUUUCAAGGUUAGUUGAAUCCCUAUUAAAAUAAAUAGACAUUUUACAGUAGAAUACCAUCUCUACUGUCUUGUUGGAAAACUGUUUAAAAUUCUUACUGUAAAAAACAUGUAGGUUUUAAGAAACUUAAAUAGUUUACAACUCAUCUUUGAGUACAUACUGUGUGCCAGGAGAAUACAGCAGUGACUAUACUAUAUCUACCAGGGGUGGAGUCAGACAAAAUACAUGAUAUUAAGGGCUAUAGAAAAGAAUUCAGAAGGGGGUGUAAGAAUAUUGUGGGGGCUUUAAUUUUAAAUAGGGUGAUCUGGAAAAGACGAGGUUAUCAUUUGAUGAAGACUUAAGGAGGUGAAGCUAUUUGGGGGUAGAGUACUCCAGGCAGAGGGAUGAGUAGGUGCAAAGGUUCUGAGGUACGGAUAUGCCUGGCAUGUUUGAAAAUAAUAGGAGUCUGUUGUGGCUAGAACAGAACAAGUGGGUUGGAAACAUAUUAAGAGACAAGUCAAACUUAAAUGCUCUCAUGGCUACUCUGAGAUAAGAGGCCAUUGGAGAAUUUCUAGCAAAAGAAUAAAGAACUCACAUUUUAACUGGAUCACUUUGACCACUCUGUUGAGAUGAGAAAAGACUGCAGUGGUGAAGGUGGAUAAGCAGGGAAACCCAUGAAAAGGUCAUUGCCGUGAUCCAGACAGGAAAUGGGUGGUGGCUUGGACAGAGUGGUGGCAGUGGAGGUAAUGAGAAGUGGUCGUAUUUUUAAAUGUAUUUUGGAGGUAGAGGCAACAGAAUUCGCUCAGUGAUUGGCUAUGAAAUAUGAAAAAAUGGGGUUAAGAUAGUUCUAUGUUUUUGUCCUGAGCAACCAAAAAGAUGACAUUGCCGUCGACCAAGAUGGGGAGGUCCACGGGGAGAGGGAGGUGGGACGUGGUGGUGGUGGUGAGGGUUACAAGUUUGGUUUUAGACAUGGGGAGUUUGUGGUGCUUUUGAAAUAUCUAAGUGGAGAUGUGAAAUAGGCACUUUAGUAAGUGAGUUCGGAGGUGAGGGGAGAGGUCCAGACUCCAGAAUUUGGAAGUUGUCAGUAGUAUUUAAUGUGAUGAAACUAGAAGUCACUAAAAAGCAGUUAGAGGACAGUGUGAAUGAGGGACAGGUCUGAGGACUGAGCUCCGGGGGCUGCGACACGAAGAGGUCAAGAACAGGGUCAAGGAGAAGCACAGGAGACUGGACAGGAUGGCCAGUGAGGCGGGAGAAGAAGUCGUAGGUAGUAUUACUUCGUAGAAGCCAAGUGGAGAAAGCAUUUCAAGGAGGAGGAGGUGAGCAGUUCUAGGAGAUGCUGCUGAAAGGCCAGGUGAGAUGAGGACUGGGAAAUCUGCAUUACAUUCAGCAAUAUGAGAACAUCACUGGUAACCGAAGAGUCCUUUCGAUGAAGUGGGGAAUUUGAAAGCCUGACUGGUUCAAGAGAAAGGAGGAGGAGACAAGAUUUUCUUAUAAAUGGAAAUAGGUGAUAGGUGAGGGGAAGUGGUCCAAUCUAGACUUGGAAUGAUCCUUCAAAUACUGAGGAGGAAGAUUCCAUUUUCUCUUUGUCUUACAACACAUUGAUUCAAUAAAAUAGUUACUGAGGGCCUACUAUGUGAAUAAUCCCUAACUCUUCCAAGACUGGUAUAUAUGUGCUCAGCAGAAAGACACCUGGGGGGGUGCAGGUAACUGUCCAUCUGAAGUGUGUUAUCGUCUUGACCCUCUGAAUUCAUUCUGUCUCAAAAUAAGUUGGUAGCUAGAGGGCCUUACUUCUUAACUGUAGUUUACAAGUGUUUUCUGUAUGAAAAUUGCUACACUGAUAUUUAGUGUAGGUUUAAAGUGCUUGUUUAAAAUAUCCAAUUUAUCUUUUAUUUACUGACUGUUCUGAUUCUGUUUUCCACAAAAGGUUGUGGAAAGGUUGCAUGACUUAAGCCCCAGUUCUUCAUGAUUUUGUAAAAUGUGAACUUCACAUAACCUUUUGUGGAAAACAGAAUCAGAAUAGUCAGUAAAUAAAAGAUAUCUCUCCUUACUCUCCCUAAUUCUGAAUUUCCUCACGAUAUUCAUUCCUAUUACCUGAUAUGCUGAAUGCUAUUAUCUAUUUUAUGAAUGUGUCCUAUUUCCCAAGCCAAUGAUUACCAGAACUAAACCUCUGAACAGGUAUUUUAUUAUGUAACUUUUAGAAUGAAAUGAUUAGACUGGUGAGGGUUAUAAAUGAGAAUGAGGGGAGUUAUAAAUUGGGUGUAAAUAAAAUCCCAGAUAUUGUAUAUUUUAGAUACAUAGAAACCUUGAUUAAAUGACCCUGAUAUGCUUCCUACUUACUGUUAUACAUAAUCUGAAUUUUCGUGUACCACAUCUCUUCCUCUCCCUUCUCUAGGCUGCCAGAUUCAGGUGGUAUGUGUGUGUGUAUAUAUAUAUUUGUAUUUAUUUAUAUUUUUGAUGACUUUUCUGUCUAAAUAACUGGAGUUGUUAUAAACAAAAGCAUUUUAGUCAUUGAGGUAUAAUGCACAUACCAUAAAAUCCGCCGUUUCGAAGUGCACAGUUCUGUGGUUUUUCGCACACUCACAAGGCUGUGCCGCCAGCAGCACCCUCA